UCGACCUCGGAUCAACAGUCAACGCGUGACUAUCCGCAGUUGAGCGGCGACUACCACAACGUGCAGCUGCAGGUGGCCGCCGUCGCUGCCAGCUCCAAGAUGUACCAUAGCAGCAGCGCCGCUGCGGCUGCCGCCUACACUGAUUUGGCUGCAGCUGGAGGAGCCGCCGGCGUCUCUGGCUACCAUCACCAACAGGCUGUGAACGCGCCCGUAUAUGUGCCCUCCAAUCGCCAAUACAAUCACGUAGCGGCUCACUUUGGUAGCGCUGCAGCGGCCCAGAACGCCUGGACCACGGAUAGCUUUGGAUCGGCGCAUGCGCAGCUGCCGGCGCAAUUCUACACGCAAAACGCCGCCGUUAUGAUGGCGCCCUGGCGAAGUGCCUACGAUCCAACUGGCUUUCAGCGCUCCUCCCCUUACGAGAGCGCCAUGGACUUUCAGUUUGGCGAGGGGCGCGAGUGCGUCAACUGCGGUGCCAUCUCCACUCCCCUUUGGAGACGUGAUGGCACCGGCCACUAUCUCUGCAACGCUUGCGGUCUGUAUCACAAGAUGAACGGCAUGAACCGGCCUUUGAUAAAGCCCAGCAAGCGACUGACCGCMACACGUCGCCUCGGCCUUUGCUGCACCAACUGUGGCACUCGCACCACCACACUCUGGAGGCGCAACAACGACGGGGAGCCAGUGUGCAAUGCCUGUGGGCUCUAYUUCAAACUGCACGGCGUCAAUCGGCCGCUGGCGAUGCGCAAGGACGGCAUUCAGACCCGCAAGCGGAAGCCGAAGAAAACUGGCAGUGGCUCCACAGCGGGUACUAGCUCGGGAUCGGGCUCAACGACAGAGGCCAUCAAGGAGUGCAAAGAGGAGCAUGAUCUCAAGCCCACGCUUAGCCUGGAACGCCACGGCCUCAACAAGCUGCAUACGGAUUUGAAGAGCAGCAGCCUCAUGGGCCAGCAUCAUAGCCAGCAGCCGCAGCAGCAGACGGUCCCGUCGCAUCAGCAAUGCUUUCCACACUAUGCCCAGCAGCAACAGCAACAGCAGCAGCAGCAGCAACAGCAACAACAGCAGCAACAGCAACAACAACACCAGCAUCAGCAGCUCAGCCACCAAUCACAGUUAAGUGCCAGGCAGUUGCAUGCAGCCAGCUCGCAGCUGUAUACGCCCGGCAGCAGCUCCGCGGCCUCUGCGUAUACGACGCACAGCAGCAAUGCGCCGGACACGCCCACACUGAGCAACGGCACGCCCUCGCCGCACUACCAACACCACCAUUUGGCGAGCAGCUCGCACGGCCACCACGCCACGGCAGCGCAUCAUCAUCUGCACGCGGCAGCAGCUGCUGCGGCAUAUGGAGUGAAGACAGAGGCAAGUGCCACUAAUUAUGACUAUGUGAACAAUUGUUACUUUGGAGCCUCGUUUGGUGCCUUGGGCGGUGCUGCCUCGUCGGCAAUGGCUGGUGGGGCGAGCGGCGAUCUGGCCGGCUAUCAUCAUCAGCACAAUGUCAUCCAGGCCGCCAAGCUGAUGGCCACAUCCUGAACGGAAGCGAUCUCUGUGAUCUCGUACCCACACAGCGCACAUAUUGAAAAGACUUUGAAUUAGUUUUAAAAAAGUUGCAAUUAGUUCUCUUAUGUAAUGCUUGUAAAUAACUGCACGAAAGUUUUGUACAAAUAUUUGUUUAUAGCUUCGUUCCGUUGCAUUUAAGUACCCAAAUAGCCUAAGGUUUAGCUACUACUAUGUAUUAAUUGUAAAGUGUUUACAUUAUAUCUCUUUCUCUUUCUCUAAUUAGCAUAAAUUAUCCAUAUAGAAUAAAAAGCACAUCCAAUCAUAGAUCAUUUAGCCAUACGACUAGUAUAUUACCCAUAAGUCCAUGCAUAUUACCAUUUAAAUAAAAAUUAACUUAAACAUA